CUGUUGAUCUUCGUGUUGUUGAACGUCCCUCAAAACCAAAGAUGUCUCUGGAUCAUAUAAAUGAUCAAUACACGUCUCCUUAUUUUAAAUGCAUCUCUGAGGGUUCUCCAAGGCCCAGUAUUGAAUGGUCUCGUCCAUCCUCAAGCGAGAGGAGAAAAGACAUUGAUGAUUGGACAACAGAGAGCUCAGCCACAACUUCAAACUAUGCAUAUAGUGGAGCGAUGUGUUGUGCCAAAAAUGAUGAAGGACAAGAAUGCACCCAGCUGUGUGACUUUGACUUAAAUACUGCUUCAAUGAAACCAGACGAGGUUUCUAGUGUGACCAUAAGUCCCGGUCAGCCUUUGGUACUUCGCUGCAGAAAAAAUUUAGAUUGUAGUACUAUAUGGGAACAUGAUGGCAAGGUUUUGGCGGAAACCUGUGCAGAGAAUGAGAUCUGUAUUAAAAAGGACAGACAACAGAAGAGCUGCAUGCUGUAUGCCUUCAUCAGAUCAGUUACCUCACAACACAACGGCACAUACACCUGCAAAAACUCAGGCGGAAGUAAAUCUGUGGAUGUUCAUGUUACGGCUGAGAGCUUCCUCUCCUCCCAGCUGCCUGAUCACUUUGUGAUAACUGAGACCAGCUCCUGUUUGGCAGCAAAUGUUUCCUACCACCCAGUGCUGCAGCUCUGCUACUGGGAAGCUCCUGAUGGGAGUUUCACUAAAUGCAUCAGAGACAAGACAGCAACAAAGCAAAGGACUGUGAAGUAUUGUGGACCAUUACAGUCUGGAGAGUAUAAACUACACCUGGAGGCUGGAGGAAAAACGGAAACAAAGAAAACAAUUGUUUGUGUUCUAGAGAAACAAGAGCCAUCAUUUAAGAAAACAGAUAAUUACCUUUAUGUUGAGACUGUGAGUGUCUUGCCUGCUAACUCUACAUGGAUGAUGUCAAGUUUAUCAUCCGGCAACAGCUCUGAAACAAACCCAUCCUGGGAAGUGAUUGAGAGUAAUAACCACCCAGCUUCUGAUGGCUUCUGUAACCAGAAACUCACCGGCAACGUGAGCACAAUAAAUGUAACGGUUGCAACAAAAUUUAAGUUUUGCUUAAUGGACCAAGCUGGGUCCAGGUGCAGUGAGGAACGUUAUGAGGUUCCAAACCUCAAAUUCCAAGCCUCCACAGCUCAUCAAUCUUAUGACGGUCACUUAAUAAUGCCACUGAGAAUCAGCAUAUUGGCUCUGCUCUUGGCUCUGACAAUAAUCUAAUUUGUGCUCGUGUGCUACAUCAAGAGAAAGAAACCCCAAUAUCAGCCUCAGCUUCAGAUGAUCCAGAUGGUUGGGCCUAACGACAACGACCUGUACGGAUCUGAAAGAAGUUCCUGGAGAAGAAAAAUUCCUCAAUAGUGCUGUAAAAUUUUAGUUGUUUGCCUAAAUAAAAAUAUGACCUUUUUAUUUCUACAAUGAUGUACUGUUUUGUACUAAAAUAUUGGAAUCCCAAUAAAAUACAUUAAGGCUUGUAAUUUGAACUUGAGAAAACAUUGAAGUUUACAGAUGAAUAGUUGUGUAAGGCCCUAUCGUAGACGAUGUCCUGUUCUUUGCUUUACAGCCGCUAGGUGUCGCCAGACAUCAGAUGUUUGCCAGUUGAAUGUCCAGCAGUGCGUUAACCUGUUUUCAAAAGUGUUGUCCGAAGGUCAUUAAACACUACCCGUUCAACCAAAAAACUGUUCCCAUGGACAUUUCGGCAGUAAAUGCUCUUCCUUAUGAAGAUUUUGUAAAUAUUUUCGGUAAUGUAGUGGAGAAAUGUCCUCUUAUAACAGCCGCUGUUUGGACCCGUCGUCCCUUUACGAGCUUAAAUGCUUUAGAAGCUGCGAUUCAUGAAUUCAUCGAUGCUCUCCCAGAGUCGGGUAAAGAGGGGAUCCUCAGGUGUCACCCGGACCUCGCGGGCAAGCAUCUCCACAGCGGUGCAUUGACCCGGGAGUCCCAGGAAGAGCAGACCCGAGCCGGGAUGGACGUGCUGAGCUCGGCGGAGGCCUCGCAGAUGACGCGGCUGAACGAGGAGUACAAGGGGCGUUUCGGAUUCCCGUUUGUCAUCUGCGCGCGGAUGAAUGACAAGGUGACCAUCUUGCGCGAGCUCUCUGAGCGCUGCCAGAACGAGCGCGCGGCGGAAAGGGCGCGUGGCAUUGGGGAGGUGAAGAAGAUCUGCCGCCUGCGUCUCCAAGGUCUGGUGCUCUCUGACGCAACAAACAAGUUAUAAAGCCUAGACCUCUGUUCCAGUGUAACCACAUUUAACAGGGAGCUGCAAUACUUGUAUAUGUUUUUAUUUCAAAGUUAGCAUAUACACUUUUAAACAGUGUAAUUAAUAAAGCAUGUGAUUUAAACUUGUAUACACAGGUGGAUGCUGAUAUGGAAUGUACACAAUAGUAAAACCUGUUGCCUACUUGU